AUGAUAAAAACCGGGGAAGGUGGCAUUUACCACCAAUUGUCGAUGCGGGAGCUUGUCCCGAUAGUAGCACAGAACAUCGAGCAGUGCAUAUCGGAUGAGCUCAAGCAGCUCGGAGUUGGCGUCGAAUGGAACGACCUCUUCUGGGCAAUGCACCCGGGCGUCAAUGCACUCUUAGACCAUGUCGACCAGGCUCUCAUGUUGGACCCGGGAAAGUUGGCAGCGAGUCGGACCGUGCUGAGAGAGUACGGGAAUAUGCUCAGCGCCACAGUGAUUUUUGUGCUUGAUGAGCAGCGGCGCCGAAUGGAAGAGGACGGAGAGGAAGGUGUUUGGGGUGUGAUGCUGGGAUUUGGACAUGGGUUCACAAUUGAGACUAUGGUGAUGCAUGCGACCAGCAAUCUCAAGCAAAAGUAUGCCAGAAUGUAG